UGGGAGACGUCUUACCCGAAGCAGAGGGCUGACUCACGUUAGGGCUGUUAUGGCGGCUGCCGGGCGGGAUGGGGCCGGUCUUGGGUUUUUCCUGAUCUUCCUUUGCGCUUUCGUGGGCCCCGCGCAGUGCUGGGACCAUCCGGGGAAGGUUCUGCUGAGGGAGGUACAGGCGCUCACUCUCCACAGAGGUCAGUACACGGCAUUCCGGCGGACAGCUGCGGUCCCUCAGUUACAGUGCACAGGAGGCACUGCUGGAUGUUCCCAUGUCCCUGAGGUUGUUCAGUGUUACAACAGAGGUUGGGAUGGCUAUGAUGUACAGUGGCAGUGCAAAGCAGACCUGGAACAUAUAUACCGCUUUGGACAAAUAGAAGUGAGCUGUGAAGGCUACGAUUAUCCAGAUGAUCCUUACAUCUUAAGAGGCUCCUGUAGUUUGCUGUUCAGGCUAGAGCUAACUGAGGAAGGUGAAAGGAAAGUGAAGAACUCUGGAAGCUUUGGCUCUAGCUAUUAUCAGUCAAGAAAGGAUUCUUCUGAUUCUGGUGCUGGAAUGAUUGUUUUCAUUGUUCUUCUGGUUCUUGCUUUUGGAGUAUACAAGCUCUUCCUUAGUAACCAGCAGCCUCAGCAGAGUUUUGGUGACAGUGAUGGAUUCACUAGGCCUUCCUGGCGGAGUGAGCAGGCACCUCCUCCUGGCUUUAAGUCCAGCUUCACAGAAGGCAACAGCUUUGGGACUCAUUCCCAUCACGGAAACAAUUCAGGACCAGGGUUUUGGACUGGAUUAGGAGCUGGAGGCUUGCUAGGCUACUUGGCUGGCAGUCACAGAGCACAGCCACGUUCCCCAUACUACAGUACGUGGACAGAUGCCACAGCUGCUCCUCCAAUGAAUGGUCAGUCAAGCAAUUCCACACAAGGUACCAGUUCAGGAACAAGAACUGCCUCUGGCUUUGGGGGCACAAAACGAAGAUGAAAUCCUUGACGUUAUUACAUCUGAGUGAUUGAACUAAAUCUUACUGUGUACUAGUACUUUUUUUUUAUUAGUGGUAGGCUUCAAAAAUGGAUAUGAGAAGAGGUGUGAAGGAUUAGGCAAAGGAUUCCUCUCUUUCCCUGUUGAAAUGUGGACCCUCGCUCUUGUUUAGGGUAUCUCAGGUGCUGGAACAUCGGCUAUUUCAAAAGAGUGGCUUCUCAUAAGAUACAAAAUAAACACAUCCAAGUUAAGAAGGAUGUUACAGUGCCUGUAUAUCUGUUUAUACUUGAGGGAUUAUAGCAAUGGUAGCCUUACCAGAUUUUUCAAAGCAAGUAUCUUAAUCAUGUUCUGGACUUAAUUUAAUUUAAUCCAGAAUUUCUUGAUUUUUUUCUUGGUGGUCCAAUAUCAGAAAGACUAGCGUGUAAUUCACCUGAUGUCUAAGGCCUCCUGCUCUUUGAAGCUACUUCUGUUUUUGUAAAAUUCAGUGAACGUCACUCUUAAGUGCAGUCAUCUCAGAUGAGUGUUGGGGUUCCUUAGUGGAAAAGAACAUAUAGAGACUAACAUUCAUAUAAUGUUUGUAUCUUUGCUAUGUGACUGUUGGAGCCAAAAUUUGCAGAUUUGAGGACAUUCCAUGUUUUAGGGUUUAUCCAAGUGGCUGUGCAAACCUGGAGUAUUUUAUGUAUAAAUUAUGGAGGGGAAAAAAAAUACAGUAAUGAAACAAGAUGGUCCUUCUCUGAUUUGGACCUUUUUCUGGAAAACAGGUAAUUCUAAUUCAGGUGGCUCUAGGCACUUUCCCUGCAUUGAGGCUCCAGUUUUCUUCGUAGGUGGCUGUUAGCAAUGCUGUGAAAACUUCUGAUGUGAACAGUCUCUCCUGCUAGAUGACCUAUCCAGGACACAGUAAACCAAAGGUGCUUAUUGCAAAAGUGAAGGGAGCAUUCUUAAUCCAAAACUAGUAGUAAUUCUAGAACAUAGCAGGCCUUGAGAUUAAGCAAAGAAAGGAAAUUGAAUGUUUAAUGGGAUGUAAACUUUCCCAAAUGUAUUUUUUAAAAGCAAAAUGCUGUCAGAGUGGGAAGCAAAGAGGCCUAGCUUUGUUCUGUGAUGAUAUUUUGGGGCUCUGAGAAGUGUGUCAUAGUUCUUGUGUGAUUGACUGUGCUAUGGGAGAGGCAUUACUAAAAGAAAAAAAACCAAACCAAAACAAAAAACCCCAACCAGAGUAAUUUCUCAGGACUGGGGAGGCAGGGGAGAAGGUGAGUGAAAAAUGGGCUGCUUGACCACCAGAUCUUCUCCAGAGGCCAUCCUAGUACAGCUUAGAAGUGUGUGUGCACAGCUUUUCUAUGCUGGCAGCAGUCGGCAAAGCAUAGCUUUCAUCCUUGUGAAAAUAGUGUGUCUGGGAACUGAUGUAAACUAUUACAGCAAAAGCAAAGCACUGUUUUGCUGAUACAGGCUGCAUCUCCACAAGGAGAUUUAGCAGGUAUGGUUAGUCUGGGAAAGUGACUUCAGUGUUACUCAUCAAAAAGCAACUAUGUCCAUUCAUGAGUACAGAAAUAAUUGGCUCAAAUGAUAAUGCCAGAGUUCAAUGUCUGGCUUAAGAAAGAAAAAAAAGUAAAAUAAACUCUAGAAGUCAACAUAA